GAGCACCCUAUCCUUUGUUCGAUGGUUCGUAGACACUCCCGAGCGGCGAGCCCGACCGCCGUCAGUCCGACACAGCGCGCGAAACAGCUAGGCUGUGCGCGUCGCAUUUUUUGCCGCAACAAAUUUCGAAAGUUCGAACGUUCGUUCGGAAAUUAAGUGUGACAGUGCACCGUUUUCGAUUUGAUUUGGUGUUUCUUUUUUGUGCAACAGAGUAAAGAUUAUAAUAAGACACAAUGGAUCUGGAGUUUCGGAACGUGACAUACACAGUGUAUAGCCGGCUUAACAAAGGUCCCAGCAAGGUGGUUGUGAAGAAUGUGAACGGCAGAUUCAUGUCGGGACAGCUGGUGGCCAUCAUGGGGCCGUCGGGAGCCGGCAAGAGUUCCCUACUCAAUGUACUAUCGGGAUACAGAUCAGCUGGAGUCACAGGCGAGCUUCUGGUGAACGGUGAGAUCCGUGAUGAGGCGACCUUCAAGAAGUCAUCAUGCUACAUCACCCAGGAGGACCUUCACCAGCCGUUGCUGACGGUCCGGGAGGCCAUGGACGUGGCUGCCAGCCUCAAACUCCCCAGGGGGGUGAAGGCACCCUCGGAGGAUAUAUUGCAGCAGAUAGGACUCUUGGAGCAUCAGCAUACAAGAACUGAUGCGCUUUCCGGAGGACAGAAGAAAAGACUGUCAGUCGCUCUGGAGCUGGUGAACAACCCUCCCGUCUUCUUCCUGGACGAGCCCACGAGCGGGCUUGACAACGUCACCACAGUCCAGGUGGUGAAGCUACUCAAGCAGCUGGCGCGGCAGGGCAGGACCGUGGUGUGCACCAUACACCAGCCCGCCGCCUCGCUGUUCGAGCUGUUUGAUGAGGCGUACGUGGUAGCAGACGGCAGGUGUGUGUACCAGGGAGAUACGGAGGCGAUGGUACCGUACCUACAGGACGCAGGGCUGGUCUGCCCUAGGAACUAUAACCCUGCUGAUUUUAUUAUAGAAGUAACCGAAAGCCCUGACAACAUAACGCUACUAUGCGACAAAAUCAAAAACGGCAAAAUCCACAAAUCAGUGAAGGGCGAGACGAUCGAACCAGACAACAUACUCCUCACAAUAUCAUACCAAAAUGACGAAGCUGGCGAGACGAAAAUAGUUCUUUCCAACGAGAAAUGCUACAAUGUAAAACAGUGCGCUCUGCCAAGUUCUACGACAUCCAUCAAUUUCUCGAAUGACGAUUCUUCGCUUACGUGGAUGAAGGUGCAGAAAGAUGGUGAUGGAUACCCCGUGUCCAGUUUUGACCAGUUCUCCAUACUGCUGUGCAGGAUGCUGCUGCAGAUCUCGAGGAAUAGGCAAGCGCUCUGGAUUCAGGCGAUGCACCACACUAUGUGCGGGUUCCUCAUCGGUCUCACGUUCUACAAGAUGGCGAACGACGGAACCCAGAUGUUCAACCACCUCAAACUGUGCGUGGGGCUCAUCAUAUUCUUUGCGUACACACAGAUCAUGGUGCCGGUGUUGCGAUAUCCUCAAGAAGUGAAGCUAGUCAAGAAAGAACACUUCAACGGCUGGUACAGUCUUACUCCAUACUACGCCGCCCACACCGUCUCCAAGCUGCCAGUCCAGAUAACCCUCAACGUGGUCUUCUGCACCAUAGUCUACGUCAUGGUCGGAGUUCCCUUCGACCUCGCCAGGUUUCUGGUCUUCUGCCUCAUAGGGAAUGUGGUCUCUUUGGUGUCAGAGAGCUUCGGAAUGGCUAUUGGAACUAUAUUUAAUGUUACGAACGGCUGCGCGAUCGGCCCAGCGGCUAUCGCUCCCUUCAUCGGCCUAGCCAUCUACGGCUUCGACUUCGCACACAGAAUUCCUCUCAUCAUGAAAAUCAUCAUGAAGACUUCCUUCAUCCGUUGCGGAGUGGUAGCCAUGGUACUCACAAUUUUCGGCUUCGGAAGAAAGACUUUAGAAUGCGACGAUGUGUACUGUCAUUUCGCUAAACCAGACGUCCUAUUGAAAUAUCUAGACAUCGACCACACUUCAGUUUGGUUCGAAAUAGGCAUCAUGGUCACUAUUAUGCUAGCCGUACGGGGCUUCGCUUAUAUUAGCUUAAGAAAACGAUUCUCGACAUGAUAUUCUUAAGUAUACCUUAGGUACGUACAAAUUUUGCAUUUUAUGCCGAAGGGAAAGCCAUUCCAAAGAAUCUCUCUCUUUCCUUUAUGUAGGAGAGGAGACGAAUUUGCAACUAAUAGAUUAGCCGUAAGUACUUAAGAAUUUUUUUGGUACCAUGUUGGCCAAGAUUUAAGCGACCGUAGUCUUUAAAGUUCAAAAGAAAAAUGGUGCAAAAAACUUAACAGAAAGACAGAAGCGAUACAAGAAAAUAAAUUACAAAAGGAGGUUGGGUAACAUUAAAAUGGUGAGUGGUGACUAGUGACACCAAAAUAGGGUAUUUUGGUGGUAAGCAGAGACGAAACCAUUGUGGUGAAAAAAGAAAGUGUUUUCUAUUUGGUAGUAUUUUAAAAUUACAUUUUUAAAUGAAAUUUCAAGUAACUCGAAUUUUUUACCAAAUAAUUGUAACCGACUUUUAAAAUGGUUUUCAAUUGGAACGUUUUUCUGGUUAGUACAUAAUCUGGUAGAAUUAUUGCACUGCUAGUUAGGUACAUGGCAACACUUAAGUAAUUUAUUGUAGCUAUUAUGUGUAUGUCAGGUACAGUAUAUUUGUGAUAGUUAUAUAUAAGUUAAGUUUAAGUUUGGGUUUGAGGAAUAAUUCUGUUUCUUAUCUACAUUUUAUUUCGCCAAAGAAAAUGAGGGCUUGAGAUAAGUACAUACAUUUUACACAUGAGGAGCUGGCGAACAGAACCGGAUUAGUCCGCGAGAAAAAAAUUGACUCAGUUGCUAAAAAAACUACUUUUAACCGGUUUUGAUUGAAAAUAUUAACAGGGAUUG